UAACAUAACGUAACGUCAAAUUAACCAAACCAAAACCAAUGAAAGCAGAAAGACUGAAAGUGGUGACAUUUACGUUGAAGUGGAAUAAUAUAAAACAAAAGAAAUAUCUUUGUUGGCUUUAAGUAAACACUUGAACUAUCGUUUACACUUAAAAUAGCACGUAGAAUAAUUCAAUAAAAAUGAAUAGUUUGCUACGUAGAAGUAUUUUUCCAAUUUAUAACAAUUCAUUAAAAUUAACAUGCCGAUCAUUUGCCGAAGUUCCUGUUAAAGAAAAAAUUGACGAAAUAGUUAAAAAAAAUAAAGUAGUAGUAUUCAUGAAGGGUGUACCAGAAGCGCCACGAUGUGGAUUCAGCAAUGCCGUCGUACAGAUAAUGAGGAUGCACGCAGUACCUUAUGAUAGUCACGAUGUCCUAUCUGACGAAAAUCUCAGACAAGGUAUUAAAGACUAUUCAAACUGGCCAACAAUUCCACAAGUUUUCAUAAAUGGAGAAUUUGUUGGAGGUUGUGACAUCAUGCUACAAAUGCACCAGUCCGGUGAACUUAUUGAAGAACUCAAAAAGGUUGGUAUAAAGAGUGCGCUACUAGAAAUGUACGUACGGUGACAAAAAAAAUCACAU